CCAACGUUAUCCAGCAGCUUUCAAUCUGCAUGAACAAACGAUCGUAACAACUUUAUUCUUCCAUUUGCCUCGACGGCCAUAGGUCCUUUGGCGUUUUUUUCGAACAAAAUUAGACUGCUCUACUGGUUUCGCAUUUAUUACAGGCAGACAUCGGGCGAGUUACUUAGGCCGGGCCAUCGUGAACUUUGAAUUCAUUCGUCUAAUUCCAUUCAAUACUACCCGCGACCUUUACAAUUUAAUAGUAAACCGACACCACGACCUCACUGCGUGUUGGCUCAUUCUCUACCGGACGAAGAAUCAAACCAUAUCGAUUGACUCCCCUCUCCAUAACCAACUUCUAUUUAUCUAGACUGGGUCGACAUUCGCUACUUUUCCAAGAUGGAUGAAGAGGUAGACCAGUUCAUGAGCAUAACCGGCGUCGCAGCCGAGCGUGUAGCUCGCGGCUACCUCGAGAUAUCCGGUGGCGACCCGAUGCAGGCUAUCCAGCUUUAUUUCGAAAAUCCCGAAUUAGAGGCAAGCUUCAACGCACCUGCUGCUUCCACCUCCGCUUCAACCUCGGCGCGACAACCUCCCACGGCCGCAACUGGAAGUCAAAACUUUACCGGUCGCGAAGAUUCUCGAGGCUUCAUUGUGAUAGACUCUGAUGACGACGACGAUGAUGUUCAGAUGGAUGAUAACGACUUCGCGGUACCCGAUGACGGUGAUGAUAAUGUUGCGGCGAUAGCGAGAAACGCUCAGGAGGAAGAGGAUGCGGCUAUGGCUAGACGAUUGCAGGAAGAGAUGUAUUCAGAGAACCAUGCGUCCGGAGAUGGAGUGCGGGCCCCAAUAGCACAAACAACGGAGACCCUCGCAGCGCCUAACCCGUCGUGGGGCAUGGAUGACGACCGAGACGCUGCUGUCAUGGAACAACUACGACGACAGCGCAGAGCUGACGGUUCGAGUACAAAUCCCUUUAACCAAUCAUCGGUUGACUGGUCCGACACCGACGACCGCACAGUCCCAGGCGCAAGAUCAUCGCGAUUCCCACCAACCAUGGGCGCUCCAGACAGCACAACGAGAAGAUUACGAGAUCUAUUCUCACCCCCAACUAGCCUAAUCAACCGUCUUCCCCUAGAAUCCGCGAGAGACCUUGGAAAGAAUGAGAAGAAGUGGAUACUCGUGAACCUUCAAAAACUCGACGACUUUCGAUGUCAAGUUCUUAACCGAGACCACUGGAAGAACGAGAACAUCGUUUCCUUAGUGCGCGAGCACUUCAUCUUCCUACAAUACACCUUAGACGACCCUCUAUCACGCUCUUACACGCAAUUCUAUUUCCACAACGGCAGCCAUGAAGACGAGAAUAACUAUCCUCAUGUUUCGAUUAUCGAUCCCCGCACCGGAGAACAGGUCAAGGUGUGGUCGGGAGAGUCGUUCCCUUCCCCAGAAGAAUUCAACCAAGAUUUAGUUGAAUUUCUAGACCGUUACAGCUUAGCAGCCAACAGCAAGAAUCCUGUGGUAAAGACGAAACCGAAAUCGAAGCCUAAGGAUAUUGGCCGUAUGACGGAAGAGGAGAUGCUUGAGAUGGCUCUAAAAAACAGUCUUGACGAAGACGGUGGCCCAUCCGAACCCAGCGUUUUGGACCCAGACGCUCUUACUAAAUCAAACCCAGAUAUUGGAAAGGGCAAGGGCAAGGAGCUUGCUGAUCCGGAUAGUGAUGCGGCAGAAGAGGCAUCUGGAGCAGCGUUCGCCCAAAUAUCAUCCUCUAACCCUCACGUAGAGCCCGACAACAACCCGGCGACUACGACCAGGAUACAAUUCCGACACGCAGGCGGUCGCAUUAUUCGACGAUUCCUUAUCACAGACACCAUUCGUCGUAUCUACGAGUGGCUCAAGGCCGAGCCUCUCGAGGGCAAGGAGGGCGUCACGUUCGAGCUCAAGGCUAUACCAGGCGGAGACCUAAUCGGAGAGCUCGAAAAGAGUAUCCAGGAAGCUGGUUUGAAGCAGGGUACGGUUAUGAUCGAGUUCAUCGAGGACUCGUAGGAAACCGAAGCAUAAUGAAGGGAUUCGGCCGCGUAAGGGGAUACUAGGAGACAAGGGAACAUAAGGAUUGUCUGCAUCAUCUUUCACGGCUCGCGUAAUGCGUUAUAGACCAUGUCAUAGUUAAAUUUGCAACAGCUCAGGUUCGCUGUUGCCCCGAUUCUGCUUUAGAACUAAUUAAACAAGUUCU